UUGAAGUGAUGGGUCUUCCGAAGAAAAUUUGUUCGAUCAUUUUGACUAUAUGUAUUUCUGUGCCGUUUUGUUUUGCAGAAAUUAAAUCCUAUAGCGCAUGUCUUACAGAAGUAAACCAUAGUUUAGACUCAAAAUUCUGCGAAGCCUGGGACUCCGAUGUGAUUCCUGAAGACGCAAGGAACGCACACAUGAAAUGCGCUCUAAAGUCGUUCGGUUGGACUGAUAGUCGUGACGAGUUUAAUGUUCGAAACAUACUGGAUGACGCCCGUGCUGUGACAGGCGAUUUGGAGGCGAAUAUCAAAAACUGUGCUCGCAAAGCUAACAGGGCCCCGGUUAGGAUGCAAGCGAACCAAUUCAUUAUUUGCAUGUUGGGAUCCGAUUCUAAGGGAAUUUUCCAGACAAUUUUCGAUCUACGUGCACUGAAAGCUUUGGAUCGGUGGAAGAACCAAUCGUUCACAUUCAAAGCUGUGGCCGAUGCUACCAGGGGAGUGAAAACGGAACGUGGAUGCUUUUGAUGCUUAAAAUGCGUGAAAGUUUACUACAACUGAACUCCAUUUGUCCCGAAACGUAGCACAGACAAAUCUUUGCAAUUAAUGUGGUGUAAUAAAACUGAA